AUGUUUUGGUCUCUCAAGAGCAUACCGGUCGGAACCUUGCUCAGGCUAAAAAAAGUUUAUUGUCCUGUGGAUUUUGAGUUUGUAAACUACACAAUAAUCACAAGCAAAUGCAAAGGACCCCAUUACUCGGCCAAAGAAUGUUGUGCUGCAUUUAAAGAAUUUGCAUGCCCUUAUGCCAAUCUUUUAAAUGAUUUAACCAAUGAUUGUGCCUCAAUCAUGUUCACUUACAUUAAUCUCUAUGGGAAAUACCCUCCAGGCCUCUUUGCUAGUUUGUGUCAUCAAGGGAAGAAUGGCCUCAAGUGUCCUGCCUCAUCGUCACCACCACCACCACCACCACCACCGGCAGAAGAUAAGAAUGGAGUGUGA